UUCAACCAUCCGCCACUGUGAUUGGAGGCAGACAGACGCGCGUGAAAUUGCCUCCCUCCAUACCGGUCCAUUGAAUCCACUUUAAAACGAGUGAAGCAUAAACAAUCAAAGGCAAAAUCAUUUUGAUUUGCAGAUGAAACCUCUGAGAAACGAACACCGAGAAGGAUGAAAGCCCGGCAGCCUGUCAUCUGUUAGGGAGCGUCUUCACCGCAAAGAUCCAUCAUCCGAGCAACUCAGUCAAGGCAGAGACACUGUAAUGACUGUGAAUGACACCUGCUAUGGGUCUUACAGCUUUACAGACACACUGAUUGCUUACUGCGAUCGUUUUAACAUGUGCGUGAACAGGGAUCAAGUUGAAAGAACAAGUCUGGAUGCGGUGCGCGUGCAUUGAGGACGCUGGAAAGGUCUCCAUCAUGCUGAAGGUACACUCUGAGAGGUAGCAGUUCAAACGCUUACUUCAAGACCGGCACAUUUAAUAAUUUCUCCCUCGAUUGCCAUAAUGGCUCUGACCUGCCUUUGUGAGUCUGUGAAUGGAUCAGACCAGGACUAUGUGUUCUGCAACAUCACUACAUUCAACUUCACCGGCAACGAGAGUGGACGCUGUCAGCUUCAGACCAUGGAUGAUGUUCUGUUGAGGCUUCUGGGCCCUAGACGAUCUCCUUUCUUCCUUCCUGUAACCUUUACGUACAUCUUCAUCUUCAUCACUGGGGUCUUGGGAAACCUCCUCACUUGCACCGUGAUCACUAAAGACAGGAAGAUGCGGACACCCAGCAAUUUAUAUCUUUUUAGCUUGGCCAUCUCAGACCUGCUGGUGCUGCUCUUUGGGAUGCCGCUGGAAAUCUAUGAGCUCUGGCAGAACUACCCCUUUCCCUUUGGCGAAAGCAUCUGCUGUUUCAAGAUCUUCUUAUUUGAGAUGGUUUGUUUUGCUUCUGUGCUCAACGUAACAGUGCUGAGCAUUGAACGCUACAUAGCUGUCAUCCAUCCACUCAAAACCCGCUAUGCCAUAACCAACAAACAUGCGCAAAGGGUCAUCGCUAGCGUUUGGGUUCUGUCCCUGAUCUGCGCCAUCCCAAACACCUCACUUCAUGGCCUGCAGUACCAGUACCUUCCAGAGAGGGUUCUGGAAUCAGCUACCUGCAACCUCCUCAAGCCCAAAUGGAUGUAUAACUUGGUGAUCCAAGUCACCACUGUUCUCUUUUACUUUGUCCCCAUGAUGAUGAUCAGCGUGCUGUAUCUGAUGAUUGGUCUGACACUGGCCAGGGGACAGAAGCAGAGGAAGGACAAACUGGACAAGAACCAGGACAGCUGGAAAAUCCAUUUGGACAGCAGACGGAGGAGGCAGGUCACCAAGAUGCAUUUUGUGGUGGUAUUAGUGUUUGCCAUCUGUUGGGCUCCCUUCCACAUCGACCGACUCUUGUGGAGCUUCAUCACGAGUUGGACGGACCACAUGCAUAACAUAUUUGAAUAUGUGCACAUAAUCUCAGGUGUGCUCUUCUACCUCAGCUCCGCUGUUAACCCCCUCAUCUACAACCUUCUCUCCAGUCGUUUCCGGGAGCGCUUUCAAGCUCUGGUGUGGAGUCGCCUGCCAUCAGGCUCUUCUCGUAAUGACUCAAUGCCUUUCUACAUCAUCCCCAAAGACAACCCCACUGAUCUCCAACGUCCAGGCUAAGAGCAGGAACACGAGCGGCCCACUUCCUUUUGUCAUUAUCAGCAGCGGGUGGGAAAGGGAGAAUGAAUGCUUUUAUGUGAGACAACAUGCUCUGCAAUCUCACAUAGGAUGCUUUGGUUACCUCUUGCUAAUAACAGAAAAAGACAGAUGUGAAAUGGGUCAAUAAAAAUACGCAAAUAAGUGACGUUUUCUUAAAACUACAUGUGAAUGGACACAUACUGGGUUUGGAUUGGUAUUGUCUAUCAGGCUUUUUGUAGCCAAAGACCAACUUAAGAGAAUGCUAACCAGUGUGGCCAUGCUGUCCAAAUAAAUAAAUAAAAGUUAGAACAAAAAUAAAACCAUGUACAAUUUUGCAGAAAUGCCACUUGUUAUCAAGCCACGCGUGGUCAAUGAUAUUGUUCCUGUGAACAUUAGUGAAAUU